AUGUCUCCCAGCAACCGAGAGCUGGUGGAGUCCUUCUUAAUCUACAAAUUAUCACAGAAAAACUGCCCUGGCUUGCUGCUUACGCAAGACCCCUCUAGGGUUCUUCCUGAGGGGAGCAAGGUGGCUAAUGUUCCAAACGGACUGCUGGCAAACCCGAAUGGCACCAGACAAACACUGGCCUCCCCGCCUCCUGAUGACUUGAAAGCUGUCCAGACUGCCCUACAGGACUCUGCAGAUGAGUUUGAGGAGUUGUUCACGCAAGCGUUCAGCAACCUUUCUUCUCAGCUCGAUAUUACUCCUGAUACGGCUUAUAACAGCUUUAAAAGUGUCAUGGAUGAGGUGUUUAAAGAUGGCGUCAAUUGGGGAAGGAUUGUGGGUCUUUUUGUCUUUGGGGGCGUCUUGUGUGUGGAGUGCGUGGAGAAGAAUAUGAGCGAUCUGGUUCCUCGCAUCGCUGACUGGAUGACCAUCUACUUGGAUGAGAACAUAGCGUCGUGGAUUCAAAGUCAGGGAGGCUGGCACCGCUUUGCUCAGAUCUUUGGUCAGAACGCAGCAGCAGAGGCGAGGCGAUCUCGAGAGACUAUGAAGAAAUGGCUGCUCGUUGGGAUGGGGGUUCUCACUGCGGUGCUGGCUGCUCUGCUCAUCGCUAAAAAACAGUGA